CCGCGCUCUGUGGGCAUUGUGACCUGCGCAUGCGCCUUUGCCGUGAGGCAUUGAGGGAGUUGUAGGCGGCGGCGGCGGCGCGGGCCUGGCCGGAGGCGCUGUAAAUCCUGGAUCCUCCAUUCCCAUGGCUGGGCGCCGAGGAGCUGCCUGACGAUUCCAGGACAUGCUGACUCUGUUUUGCCAGGGAGGAGAUGGGGAAAAGGUACUUCUGUGACUACUGUGACAGGUCCUUCCAGGACAACCUGCACAACAGGAAGAAGCACCUCAAUGGAGUGCAGCAUCUCCGGGCUAAGAGAGUCUGGUACGACUUAUUCCGAGAUGCUGCUGCUAUCCUGCAGGAAGAGCAAAGCAAGAAACCUUGUCGGAAGUUUCUGCAAACAGGACAGUGUGAUUUUGGGUCCAACUGCAGAUUUUCUCACAUGACAGAGCAGGACCUGGAGAAGCUGAGUGCCCAGGUUCAGGGGUGGGAUCUGAAGGAUUUCCUGUGCAUCUCCUUGCUGGGUGACCCACCCAUACUGCGGGUUCAAUCUCUCACACAGCAAUGCCUUUUUCAAGAAGAAAACCCACGAGGAGAGAAGAUAAAUGUGGACCCACUCUGGCAUCAUUAGAGAUACUUCACGACUACAGAUGCUCUUUUAAUUGACUGUAAUUAGACUUGGGAGCAAACACCACAGUGAGGAGGAGGAGGAGAGAAGCACCUUCACACCUGUCAGGCUGCAUGGCCACGUGUGGGGAGCAAUGGCCUUUCAGAGCUGUUUCUUGGAAUAGCUGUUGGCAUUCAGGGAGUAUUUCCAGUCUCAGGGUCUGUUUGGUGGUCCCUGGAUGGGGAUGAGUGUGCUCCAUUGGGACAUGGACAUCAUCAAGGUGAGCAGAGCUGGAGAGUUGCCUGUCCCUGCUGCUGUAUUUCUGAGCCUGAGGUUUGGAGUGCUCUGGAGCAGCAGCUCCUGAAGCUGUGAGAACAGCUGGAUGUCUUUCUCAUGUGGGUACCUGGGGGACAUUGGGACAUUGCAAAUCCAGAGUGGUUCCACGGCAUCCAGUGAACUUUUCUGGCUGGGAUCGUGAGUUGUGGCUGCUCCAUCCUGGUGUGGUACCGUGGGGCUCCCUGCUCUGAACAGAGAAGCUUGGGCUGUUUGUGGUCUGUUCUCUGUUGGGGCUGGGAGUUGGAUGAAGAGGAAAUUGCAGUGGUAUAGAGAGGUGGGAGAAAUUCUCUCCGUUUUCUUCCCUGCCUCAUCAGAGCUUCUCACAGAUGCUGCUUGUCUGUCCCCUUGCCAAGGUGGGACGUGCUCAGGAGGUGGGAAAACAUGGAACAUAGGGAAAAAAGGUGCUCAAGGUUGUCAGGUGAGUCUAACCCUGAGUGUGAGCACUGCCCAGCUCCCCAAGCUGAGCUUCUUGCCUCCCCAUCCCCCUACCUGGCCAACUGGUUGGGUUGACCCCAGGUAGCUCUGCUGGGGCUUUGAUCCCUGGGAACAGCUGUGGGAGACUGGAACAUUCCUGUCCCCAGGCUCCUUGGUGGGUUCAGAGCAGCAGCCGGACAUCAGGACCACAGCAGGCUUUCUGUGGUGGCACUGGGCACAUUGUCACCCCGCCCAGCAGCAGCAGCUGAAAAGGCUGGAUGACAAAUUAUCCAUCUGGCUGCUCAUUGUGUAGCACAUCCCUGCCAUCCUGAUUUAGUAUUCAACAGGCAGAUGAAUAAUUGGUUGCCACCAGUAGGAUGAAGUGAUCCUUCACUCUGCCCAAGCACUAUUAAUUUCACACCCUGUCUGCAAAGGUAUAAUAUUUUCCUUAAAACAUGUGACAUGUGGUGGGUGGGUGUGGAGCAGACUCCUGAGGGGCACGGCUGCAGGUGCCUUGGUCCCUAAAUGGGAUCAGGGAUCCCCCAGAAGGAUGGAUGAGCAGGGCUGAGGGAAUGACACUCAGCUGCUUCUGCUUCCUUUUUAUUGUCACCAGUGUUUGGUUUUCUGAGUCCCCUGUUCUGUUAGGUGGGAAGUUUCCACUAGGCUGGAGAUGGGAUCACAGGGAGCGUGUCCUCAUCCCUGCUGUGCUGCCAGGAGUGUGGCUGUGUCAGGACUCCUGCUAGACCUGUUCAGCACCAGCUCCCUCCCUGCAGCUGGGGGAGACUGGGGAGCUUUGCUAACUGGGCAGCUGUGGGUUUGUGUGGUUCUGUGCCCUUCUCCCCAGGGUGUGCCUGUGGGCUUCUGCCCCACACAGCCCUUCCAGAGUAAUUGGAGGGUUGAAAUCUUGAUUCAGUAAACAGUAGAGAUUUCCUACUGGUUUCCUUCCUCGGUCCUAACCACCAUGAGAAACAGAACAAGGAGUAAUGGGUUCAGACUGAAAGAGAGGACGUUUAGAUUAGGUACAGAUUGGACUCAAAGAUCUCUCUUAAACCUGAUUGAUUCUGUGAUUUAUGGAAGAAAUCCUUCCCUCUGACAGGAUGAGGCUCUGGAACAGGGUGCCCAGAGAAGCUGUG